AUGACAUCUUCUCUUUACACGGGUGGUCAAGCCCUUUUCAUCUGUCUUGCAUUCAUUGGUUUAGAUCUUUUAGUCAAUAUUUUCGGUCUCGCUUGGAAUGGAAAAUACUUCACAUUUGCCAAUAUAGCGCAUUGGUUUGAUUUGGAGAAUUAUAGUUUCUUGAAAAAUCCGGUGGAUUUCUUGGCUGUUGCUUUGAUUCGUGACAGUAUUCUUCUUGGUGGAGCAGUUUCAGCAUGGGCUUCUCCUUCUGGAUUCUCACAAGUUGCUGAAAAUGUCAAAAAUGUUGUCUUUGCUGCAAUGCUCUUGAUUGUUGCAUUUGCUCCAUCGAAACUUCUUGCAUUCUAUGAAGAUGAUAAUAUCCGAUUGGCAGUUGGAGACUGGAUUUUGAUGAUUUGGUGCAUUUUUGCUUCACUUCUUCUUCAAGGAAUCUGGACUUCAGUUCUCACUCAUGUCACUGAAGUUGCUGCUGGAACUGGAGACUCUCUUCUUUUCGGAGAUGCUGAACUUGAAGAAAGACUUCGCCAAGAAGAAGCUGAAAAGGCAGCUGAACAAAGAGAGACUUUCCAAUUACUGUACAGACUUCUUGGAUACAUGGGAAGACAAUGGAAAUACUACGGAAUGGCCUUCUUCUUCCUGUUCUGUUACUCCCUCAGUCGAGUCUUCAUUCCUUUUUAUACUGGAGAAGUUGUCACUGCAGUAUUCGGAGAUCAAGCUUCAUAUGAGAGACUUCACAGAACAGUUCUCAUCAUGGGUCUUCUCUCUUUGGCAUCAACGGUUUUCGGUGGUCUUCGUGGAGGUUCUUUCACAUAUGCUCACGCUACAAUUGAUCGUCAAAUUCGUAAUGAUUUAUUCCGCUCUGUUGUGAAACAAGAAAUCGGAUUUUUCGACAUGAACAAGACUGGAGAAAUUUGUUCCCGAUUGUCAGCUGAUUGUCAGACAAUGUCAAAUACAUUGUCUCUUUACAUGAAUGUACUUACAAGAAACUUGACGAUGCUCUUCGGUUCACUCAUUUUCAUGUUCACCCUUUCGUGGAAACUGUCCAUGAUUACUCUUAUCAAUAUUCCAAUUAUCUUCUUGGUCAACAAAAUUUUCGGAGUUUGGUAUGAUAUGCUUUCUGAAGAGACUCAAAACUCAGUUGCAAAGGCUAAUGACGUGGCAGAAGAGGUUCUUUCAUCGAUCCGAACUGUCAAAUCGUUCGCUUGUGAAAACUAUGAAUCGAGCAGAUUCAUGACAUUCCUAAAUGUCACUUUGAAAAUCGCCACUCGCAAAGUGUUUGUCGUUAUUGGAUUGAUCUGGUCUAAUGAACUUCUUCAAAUGGGAAUUCUCACGAUUGUAUUGUGGUAUGGAGGACAUUUAGUCAUUGACAAUAAAGUGGAAUCUGGACUUUUAGUAUCAUUUCUUUUGUAUCAAUUCCAACUUGGAGAAAAUUUGAGAGAGCUCGGAGAAGUGUGGAAUGGAUUGAUGCAAGCAGUCGGAGCAUCUCGUAAAGUUUUUGAAUUCAUUGAUAGACCACCACGUGUUGAGAAUACUGGAACUUAUGCUCCGGAUGCAAUGACAGGAAAAAUUGAGUUCCGUCACGUGGCAUUCAGUUAUCCAAUUCGUCCAGACCUUCCAAUUAUGGAAGAUUUGACAUUCACUGUUGAGCCAGGAGAGGUUGUCGCAUUGGUUGGACCAUCUGGAGGUGGAAAAUCAUCUUGUAUUGCAAUGUUGGAACAUUUCUAUGAGCCAACGAGUGGAGAAGUAUUGAUUGAUGGAGUUCCAGUCAGAGAGUAUGAUCACAAAUACUUGCACACAAAAGUGGCUCUUGUCGGACAGGAACCAGUACUCUAUGCUCGAUCAGUUUCUGAAAACAUCGGAUAUGGACUGGAUAAAUACGAUGAUGAUAUGGUUCAGAAGUCUGCUAAACUCGCAAAUGCACAUACUUUCAUUAUGAAUGAUACAACUGAUGGAUAUAAUACUAAUGUUGGAGAGAAAGGAAGUCAAAUGUCGGGAGGACAGAAACAAAGAAUCGCAAUUGCCCGUGCUCUUGUCCGUCAACCAGUUGUUCUUCUUUUAGAUGAAGCAACUUCUGCCCUGGAUGCUGAAUCUGAACAUACUGUCCAAGAGGCAAUUUCAAAGAAUUUGAAAGGAAAAACUGUCAUUUUGAUUGCUCACAGACUUUCUACUGUUGAGAAUGCGGAUAAAAUUGUCGUAAUUAAUAAGGGAAAAGUUGAACAACUUGGAAAUCACAAGACUCUAAUGGAACAAGAAGGACUUUACAAACAGUUGGUACAACGUCAAAUGAUGAGUGGAGAAGACGGUUUAGACGAUGAAAUUGAGGAGAUUGAGCCAGUUCGUGAAGGAGGAUCCGGAAGAAGCACAAGAGCUGGAGCACGCCGAAUCAGAAGUCCAUCACAAUCUGUCAGUCAAUCAUUCUUGGGUACUUCAUUUGCUAGUAGCUAUCUAUAA